GGCGCGGGGUCAUGCGGGAGAAAAGGCCGGCGGGUGGACGCCCUAGUGCCCGAGCGGCUCGGCGUCCGGAGGGACCGGCGAGGCCCAGCGAACCUCGGCGGACUGCGAGCUGAGGCGCGGUGGGCAACUCCCACCGUGUAGGGCCUUAUCACUGUGGCCCGUGCUGCAGGUGCGCGAGGCGGCCGAACCUGCGGCCAGGACUCGCCCUCCGCAAUACCUCGUUUCCCACUUAGGGCAACAGGUGGUGCCGGAGGGCCGAGAGCGAGCCCUGGCGCGGCCGUCCUGGGAGUGGCAGGCACCCUCGCCAAUUAGGGCGCCGGGGCGGGAGUGGCAUGGCCGCUCUGACACGGCGACCAAUGGGAUCGCCGGGCCUGGGUGGGCCGUGAGGGUGGGCGUGGCCAGAGACGGAGUCAGGGCUUCCCUGUGGGGUGGCCGCCAGAGCGGCGCGGAGGUCUCGGCUGAGAGGAGCUGUGGCGCGUUCCUCGCGCGGAGAGACACCAGCCAAUGUUCCCCCAUUGGAAUCCGGACUCCAGCCGCGGAGGUGAGAGCUUUGGUGUCAGGGACGGAGCCAGGAAAGUGAGCCUGGAGACUCGCAAUCGCGUAGCUCGAUCGAUCACCCAGGAAGAGAAAUUGUAAGCAGAUAAGAAGAACGCGUUCGGUUUGGGACACCAUUUGCAGCUGGAAAUGGGGAAUGGACUGUCAGACCAGACUUCCAUCCUAUCCAGCCUGCCGUCCUUUCAGUCCUUUCACAUUGUUAUUCUGGGUUUGGACUGUGCUGGAAAGACAACAGUUUUAUACAGGCUGCAGUUCAACGAAUUUGUAAAUACUGUACCUACCAAAGGAUUUAACACUGAGAAAAUUAAGGUAACCUUGGGCAAUUCCAAAACAGUCACUUUUCACUUCUGGGAUGUAGGUGGUCAAGAGAAAUUAAGACCACUGUGGAAGUCAUAUACCCGAUGCACAGAUGGCAUUGUGUUUGUGGUGGACUCUGUUGAUGUUGAGAGAAUGGAAGAAGCCAAAACUGAACUUCAUAAAAUAACUAGGAUAUCAGAAAAUCAGGGAGUCCCUGUGCUUAUUGUUGCUAACAAACAAGACCUGAGGAACUCACUCUCUCUCUCAGAGAUCGAGAAGUUGUUAGCAAUGGGUGAACUGAGCUCAUCGACUCCUUGGCAUUUACAGCCCACCUGUGCAAUCAUAGGAGAUGGGCUAAAGGAAGGACUUGAGAAACUACAUGAUAUGAUAAUUAAAAGAAGAAAAAUGUUGCGGCAACAGAAAAAGAAGAGAUGAAUGGCAGUACUUUUAUAUCGGUGUGGAAUAGGUUUUACUUGGUCUGAUUUCUGACAAGCUGAAGAGUGUCUACAGCCUGGUUUGCCUGUCUGCCCUCACGGAUGCUAUUAAAGCUUUGUUUUGUUGAACAGUCAGAUACCCAACUCUGUUGCCUUGUGGAAGAUGAGUAAAUGCAAUGCUUCUUAAAGGGGUCUCUUCUCCGUGACCCACAAAUCUUUUGGUACUACCAUUUUGGGAAGCCAAAAAAGGCUAGUAAUUGACCAGAAAACAAUUUUGUGGAAAUUUGACCUGAAGUUAGUGAAAUAAAACUUUGAAGAGUGUA